AGCAGAAGCAUAUAGUAAAGAUGACUUGAUAUUCCACUAAUGUUAACAAUUGAUGUACGCUACCUAACUCACAAUUAAUGUUCACCAAACCAUUAUCAAUCAAAUUUUAUCUCUCUGUAUUAUCAAGUUUACUUGAAACUAACAUACACCUUCAUGGUUUUAGAGCUGUAGGCAAAAGUUACAGAAGAAAAAAAAAAUACUACUACUGAUAAGCUUAUGUCGCCAUGAUUGGAUGAUCGGUGUUAGAGGAAGAGAAUUACUGUGCAAAUAGAAAUCGUCUUUCAAGAUAAAAUGGAGGAAACUGAACUGCAAGAACUCGAAAUCUCUACUACUUCCGGUAAUGGUACCAAUUUUUUCACUUGGGAAAUCUGUUUGCAAAUAGUUCCGGUGGAUAAGCAAUUCAAGAGCAUGGAGAUGAGUGGAUGCUUGCAUCCUUAUUGUACUGAUUGUGUCGCCAAAUAUAUUCAAGAAAAGGUGAUCCAACACAACAUGUCUGAGAUAAAGUGCGCUAAUCCCGACUGCAAUGUCAUGCUGGACGCUUCCUUGUGCCAAUCUGCACUCCCUAACGGAGUCUUUGAAAAGUGGUGCCGUGUUCUUUGUGAAUCACUAGUACUCUUGGAUUCAUCGAAUGGCGGGGUGGCGUACGGAAGAUCUUAUUGUCCUUUUCGCGAUUGUGCUGAGUUGAUUUUAAACGAGUGCGUUAGAAUUUCAGCCUCCAACAAGAUUACAAUAUCAAACUGUCCAAAUUGCAAACAGCUAUUUUGUUUUCAUUGUAUGGUUCCAUGGACGGAAAAUCAUAGAUGUAGAAGACAUGAAACGGUAAUUGAUAUUGAUAGUACCGAUGUUUUGUUCAUGGAGAUGGUUAUGCGCAGGGGAUUGGUACGAUGUCCAAAUUGCUUCCGUUAUGUUGAACAUAAAGGAGGUUGUGCUCUCAUCAAAUGCAGGUGUCAAACCAGAUUUUGCUACAACUGUGGAAGGACGAGAUGUGUAUGCAAGUGCGACUGGUGCGGGUGGCUGUUUGAUAUUUUUCAGAUACUACUCGUCAUCUUGUUACUCUAUUUCAUAAUCUACAAAUGAUCUCUGUCAUUAUAAUUUAGGAAAUGUGCUGAUCCAGUGUCUGACAACCAAUAGGCAAAUAAACACUUGUAAUUACACUAGAAAUGAUACAGCUUACAUUUACACUUCUAUGGCACAAAUCGUUACUCUUACCAUAUUCAAUAUUGGACUUACAUUCGCAUAAUAAUCUUCUUCCAGUAAAGACCGAUCAUCCAAUCAGUGUUAUGUAAAUCAUGCAACAACCUUAAUAGUAAUGAUUCUUUGCAA